UGCUUGAACCUUACGCGCCACCGUAGCGACGUAUAAAGUGGCGGUUGUGUGCGUAGAAUGCUAAGCUAACUUUAGACUUGACUUGUUUUUUAAUUGAUAUAAAGAGUGACUUUCAAUGGAAAGUGCUACAUACGUGUCUCAAAAAAUCAGCAAGACGAGAUGGCGUCCUGUCUCUUAUUCGGCUUUACAGCAGCCUGAUAUAUUUGCCACCGGAUCAUGGGACAACGAGGAAAACAAGGUUUCUGUUUGGUCGAUUGGGGAUCAAGGCAGAUCUGAUCUGGAAGAUGGAUUUGAAGGAGACCCACAGCUCCUCUGUGAAUAUAACCACGAUGGGGAUGUUCUUGACCUUCAGUUUUUGGACCAGGAAAGAUUUGUCACAGUCUCAUCCACAGGAGCCGUCACCAUCUUCCGCCACCACCAAAACAGUCAGACACUCUCAGUAACCCAGCAAUGGGCGAAAGCACAUCGUUUCCCCUGUAAUAAUGCCCCCAGCACAGGAGUCGCCUGCAGCACUCCUGAAGUUGUAACAGUGGGGGAGGACGGCAGGAUAAUUGUCUUCAGAGUCGACCAGGAAGGAGUGGUUCGAGUCAUAGAUAAUGCAGACAGCAGCACGCUUCAUGCUGUGACUUACCUGAGGACAACAGAGGUUUUGACCGUGAACUCCAUCGGCCAGCUCAAGUUGUGGGAUUUGAGGCAGCAGAGCAGCUCACCAUCACAGAUUCUAUCAUUGUCAGGAGAUAGAGUACCUUUAUACUGUGUUGACAGACAUCCCAACCAACAGCACAUUGUGGCCACAGGAGGCCAGGAUGGAAUGCUCUGCGUCUGGGAUGUGAGGCAAGGCAACAUGCCCUUCUCUCUCAUGGAGGCGCACUCAGCUGAAAUGUGGGAGGUUCACUUCCAUCCUACAAACCCAGAUCAUCUGUUUACGUGUUCAGAGGACGGCUCUCUGCUGCACUGGGAGACCUCCUCCCCAUCGGAAAUGCCCUCCUUCUUACAAGGAGGUAGGAACAGCAGCAUGACCUCACGUAGCGCGAUGGCCCCGGCUGGAGGUAAUCAGUCCAUCGUCAGCGCCUGGCUCCGUGGAGACUCCAGUAAAUCCCGCCUGGAGACGACUCACAUGCUGCCCACCCAGACGCUGUCAGUCAACAGCUUGGAUGUGCUUGGGCAGUGUUUGGUCUGUGGGACUGAUGGAGAAGCAAUUUUUAUCAACAGACAAGUCCCAGUUUAAUGGCGCUGUUUGCAAAUGCAAAUGUUAUUUUCCUUGUUUCAGGCACAGCAGAGCCUGGUAUGAACUUUUUUACUCUGUUAUUGCAUUUUCAACAAUUUUCAAGAACGCCGAUUAUCUUUUUCUUAAUGAAUCUGUCUGUCAUGCAUGCCUGACUUGGAUUUGCAGUGAUAUAUUAUUAGAAAUUAAAGACUUGUAGACGGUUUCACACAUUACGUUUCAGUUUACAAAUACAUUUUGUACAGAUUACUUUAAAAAGAAAUGAAUAAAACGAAAC